UGAUCGACAACUCGUCAUCCUCGGUAAUUUCAUCUCCUCUUUCGUAGAGAUACAUUCUUCCAUCUUUUCAAAAAAAGAAGUCAUAGCCAGAUAUAGUGUAUUAAAAAUUAAUCGCAAAAUAAAAUCGGAUCAAUCUCUCGAGAUUCUGUUUAAAAAUAUAAAAAGAAGAUAAUUUGAUUUUAUUACAUGUGCAUAGUUUGCAUUUAACAUCUUUUUUCCACACAAUUAAUAUAUAAAAACUAAAGUAUGCCUAAAAGAUAUGAAAAUUUUUAAUUAUUAAAAAUUCGAAAUCUAUGUGAGAACUGAUGUUUGUUGAUAAGUUUGAACGAUUUAAUUAUUUAAUUAUUCUAAAGAGUACACAUAUCCUUAUAUAAAAUAAUGAGCCAAAAAAGUUUCGCGUUUUUGUGUUGCGGACUGUUUCUCUUUAUCAUUUCGCCAUCGAAAUCUCAGCAAAGUUCCACCGACAACAAAGAGAAAAGUGAUAAUUCGAUGGUACGAAAUGAAGAAGAUGCGGAUUCUACAACAAUCUAUAGCGACAAAAUAAAAACAAUUCGAUACGAUUUGUGUGAAAAUAAGUUUGCCAACAAUACGCAAUAUGUUCACAAUCCUGAGAAUGAUGACCAAAUAUAGAUGAAUUCUCACCCCAAUUCGACAAAUGUCAAUCAUAAAGAAAAUUUUAUGUCACAGAAAAAUUAUGAAAAUUUGAUCGUAAAGAACGAUUCCGUGUCAAAUGGUGUCUGUGAAAAUUUCAAAGGGAGUAAAGAAAUUAACAUCGUCCCAUAUAAAAUGUGCCAUAAUAUUACUUGCAUUCUGCUCUGUUGUCCUCUUGGCAACAGCUUGAGAUUGAAUGACAGUAAAUGUAUUCCAAGAAAAAGUAAAUACCGUUUUCCAAAUGUGUACAAAUCCACAAACGAUUCAAUGGAGAAUGAAAAUAAGAGAGUGGAUGAAUUGUUUCACUUUGCCGUCCACGAUUCGUGCUUAAACACGCGACAUUUCUUUGGAAACUGGAGAUUCAAGAACGAAUAUAAAAUGUUUACCAAUGGUUCUAUUUAUUUAUCUUAUUAUAAAACAUUACUUAAAUCGACAUCAUAUUGUCUCGCUGUGUUUUUUGAAAGGGUGAACCAGUUUCAAGUGACUUAUUGUUUGGAAACUUAUAAUCAAGUUUUCAGGAGCAAAAUGAAAUACAUAUCAUCAAUUAGAUUCGCAAUGCAUAUACAUAUGAACUCCGAAAUGUACAUGGCUUCAUAUUGUGCAAUUACAGCUUUACGUCAUCCGUCCAAAUCAUAAUUGAAGUUGUGAAUUUUAUAGUUAUUGAAACUGAAGAGUCACUUCCCGUCUGUAUUACACUUGCUUUCUUCCGUUAUUUUUGGUUUAUGUCGAAAUAUUUCUGGCUAAGUAUCAUGAGUUUUAAUAUGUGGCAGACAUUCAGUUUCAGAAAUAUUGUAUUUUUCCUGGAUACAAAGUGCUUGUAUUAUUAGUAGUAUUUGCUUAUCCAUUUAUGCGGCACUGAACAUCAAACGUUACGAAAAAAAUACAGAUUUUCGUCUAACAGAUUCGGAAAGCAAGCGGUAUAAUGACAAUAAAAAAUGGUUUAAUCUAUGUAUGAAGUUAUUUAUCGUGAUGUUUAUCAUAAUAGGCAUAAACUGGAUUAUGUUUACAAUAUUUUUUUUUAUUACUGAUGAAUCAUUAUUAAAUAAUUAUUAUGUCUUAGUUAGUGUUUUGUUAGAUACUGUGGAGUGUUUCUGCAUGUUCAUUAUAUUUGUAUGGAAAAAGAAGAUUAAAUUGAUGUUAUUGAAACAAGUCGGAUACAAAACGAAUGCAACAUCGACUUGAAUAUCACAACUAAGAAGACUAUGCAGGAAAAAUCGAAUUCUUGUGGAGAAGAAAACUGUCACGCGAAAGAUUCGACCGAAAAGAUUGAAAUCUAAUAUUGCGCUAUGUAAAAUAUGUUUUAUCUCAGUUUAUGAAUAAAUGAUUAAUUGCAAUUUAAUAUACCAGAUAAUACAAACGCACGCUUUGCGCUCGCCAUUAUGCGUUUUAUUUUGUAAUUUGUGCGUGCAAUUUAACUUUUUAAUAAUUGUAAUUUUAUAUAAUUUUAUUUUCUCAACUGUCAAAGUGUUACGUGACAGCUGCCGAUUAUAAUUAUAACACACAACGCGAAUCAAACAUCCAAAGUGACAAUACACAGUGUUAAUAACAUGCUUUUUUUAUAGAAUUAGACCAACAAAAGCGCGGGCUACAUGCGCGCCAUUGUCUAUUCUUGUUUAAUAAUUCAAACUGAUUUUAACAUUCAAACUGUUAAUCCUCACAAGGACAGUUGCUCAAUGCUAAGCGUUUAAUGCUAAUGUAAUAAAUAAUUUUAUUUAAUAUUCUAUUUACAUAUAUAUUUUCAUAUAUGUUAUGACAUUGCACUUAAAAUAUUUCGGCAACAAAAUGUGAAUAGCAUAUAGUAAUCCAUCUUAGUAUUUUGGUAUUGUCAAUAAAAAGCGUGUUAAUUAUUGUCAGUCGAGCUUCGACACACGAGCAAAAAAGAUGUAAGUAAAACACUUUGCAUACUGUCAAAUUCUUUUUUACAUGUACAAUCGAAAUGUGAAAACUAUUUUAUAUGAAAAAAUAAUUAAUAAGUUAUUAAUUUCUUCAAUUAAAAUGUAAUUACAUAUAUAUAUCGCGAUGCUAAAUCUCAAAACGCUUUUUUUUGUGUACAUAUGUAUAUGGAUGGGUGCGUGGGUGCGUGUGAGGGUGGGUGAGUAAGUUGUAAAAUUUUUAAAAAUUAUAUAGUAGCUAUCCCUGACAAAUUUCAAAAAUGUUACUACCAAUUUAAAAAAAAACGGUCCAUAAAUAUACGUUUGCAUGAGUGGGUAUAGGGAUAUAAAACUUAAGAAAAUCCACAUCGUCACACUCCCCGAAAAAGAGUGAUGGCAAAUUUCGCCUAUUUUUAAGACUUUAAAUUUCAAACUUUUUUUAUGGCACACACACAAAUAGUACUAUUAAAUGAAACAUUAAUUUUAAUAAAAUUUCAAGAUGAGCAUAGACACAAUUACGGAGAUACAAGGGAGAAAGUGAUGAUUUUUAGUCAGUUUUAUGAGAAAUUAUCACUUUCAUUUCUUCAUACCUAAAAAACCGUGCCUAAUAUGCUUAUCUUGAAAUUUCUCUAGGAUUAAUGUCUUAUCAUAUAGUACUAUUUGGCAUAAAAAUAAGUUUGAAAUUUGAGGUCCCAAAAUUCGACCCUAUAAACUAUAAAAAAAUAUAGGGUUAAAUAAUAAUAUAUAUAAUUACAUUUGAGAUAAAAAUGUUGUGAUCGCACUACCCAAACAGAAUUAUAACUUCAAUCGAAUCUCCGAUCAGUACCAUUGUCCGUCAAUUAAACGUGAGAAUGCUUGAAAUUGAACUUUGUACGCAUGUGCUUAUUUUAUGUUUAAACUCCAUUGCCACUAUUCACGACUCUACUAUACUUUCAUCUAGAAUCACGCUUCAACUGACACAUUUGCUAAGACACUUUUGUAUUUCAUUGACGUAUAACGGUCUGCCAAGUUGUGUGGUUACGGUCGCGAGAUAAAUCUAUUGAUAUACAAUUCAUCGAUCUAUCACCGAUACUUCAGGAUAUUUAUCAUAAAAAUAUAAAAUAGUUUUUGCAACUGCGUAAUUAAUGUCGUGGUUAAUAAAAACCAAUCGAAAGGAUAUAGUACGUUAAUAAUAUAAUUGCAUCAUUUUUAGCUUAAACUUGCAUAUUUUACUCUAUUUUUUAAUAAUAUAUACUUAUAUCUCCCGAUAAAAAAACAUGUCUGUUUUUUUACAAUUUAUUAAAUCGAUCUCUAUAAUCGACGUGAUGAAAUUAGUCAUGUAUCUGGCAUUAUUCUGCAAUUUUUCCAAUGCAGUAACAGACGUAAAAAAUCAGCUACAUGCAUUUCCCGAGAAAAUAUCGUGGAUCAACUGGGAGCAAUCGAGAGAUUUUAAAUUCAAUCCCGAUGACACUUUCGACACGGUGAAAAUGAUAAGAAGAGAGGGUUAUCCUGCAGAAACUCAUGUUGUAACGACGGAGGAUGGUUAUCUCUUGGUAUUACAUCGUAUUCCAGGUGGCAAUGACUCUCUACCUGUAUUAUUGCAACACGCUGUGUUAUGCACCUCCGCCGACUGGAUCAUUCUUGGUAAAGGCAAAGCACUCGCUUAUCUAUUAGCGGAUCAGGGAUAUGAUGUUUGGUUAGGCAAUUUUCGUGGUAAUACCUAUUCAAGGGCGCAUAUUUCUCUGUCUCCGUUGGAAUUAAAAUUUUGGGAUUUUAGCUUUCACGAAAUGGGUAUCUAUGAUUUACCCGCGAUGAUUAAAUUUAUCACAAAUAUGAAAUCGCAACCAUUGCACACGUACGUUGGUCAUUCGAUGGGUACAACCAGUUUUUAUAUAAUGGCAUCGGAGCGUCCGGAAAUCGCACGAAUGGUACAAAAGAUGAUUAAUUUUGCGCCGGCAGUCUUUCUUGAUCAAGUAGAAAGUCCGAUAAAAUAUAUUUUUCCUUUCUGGAAAGAAAUAAAGAUGUUCAUACGGUUAUUUUUUCACGAUGAAUUUUUGCCGCAAAACGAUUUGUUGAGAUUUAUUUCAAAAUAUAUUUGCCCUCAGAAUUUUAUCACGCAACAGUUCUGUGCCGAUCCAAUAUUUCUGAUCUGCGGAAAUGAUCAAGAACAAUUUAACUACACUCUUCUGCCUGUAAUCCUGGGCGUCGAUCCGGCCGGCACCUCGAUUAAAACUAUUCUACAUUUCAUUCAGUUAAGCCAGGCAAGCAAGUUUCGUCGAUACGAUUACGGUCGCGAGAAAAAUCUGUUGAUAUACAAUUCGUCGGAACCCCCGGAUUAUAAUCUAACAAAUACCACAUUACCUAUCGCAUUGUUUUAUGCUCCUGGAGACUUGCUAGUUAACAGCGUGGUAAACAUGUCUAUUCGUGUACAGUUUAUUAAAUCAAUUUUUAUAAUCGACACAAUGAGAUUAAUCAUGUAUCUGGCAUUAUUCUGCAAUUUUUCCAAUGCACUAGAAGACGUAAAAAACCAGCUACAUGCAUUUACCGAGAAAAUAUCGUGGAUCAACUGGGAGCAAUCGAGAGAUUUUAAAUUCAUUUCCGAUGACACUUUCGACACGAUAAAAAUGAUAAAAAGAGAAGGUUAUCCUGCAGAAACUCAUGUUGUAACAACAGAAGAUGGUUAUCUCUUAGUAUUACAUCGUAUUCCAGGUGGCAAUAACUCUCUACCUGUAUUAUUGCAACACGGUAUGUUAUGCACUUCCGCCGACUGGAUCAUUCUUGGCAAAGGCAAAGCACUCGCUUAUCUAUUAGCGGAUCAAGGAUAUGAUGUUUGGUUAGGCAAUUUUCGUGGUAAUACCUAUUCAAGGGCGCAUAUUUCUCUGUCUCCGUUGGAAUUAAAAUUUUGGGAUUUUAGCUUUCACGAAAUGGGUAUCUAUGAUUUACCCGUGAUGAUUAAAUUUAUCACAAAUAUGAAAUCGCAACCAUUGCACGCGUACGUUGGUCAUUCGAUGGGUGCAACCAGUUUUUAUGUAAUGGCAUCAGAGCGUCCGGAAAUCGCACGAAUGGUGCAAAAGAUGAUUAAUUUUGCGCCGGGAGUCUUUCUUGACAAAGUAGAAAGUGCAUUAAAAUAUAUCAAUCCUUUCUUGAGAGAAUUUAAGAUAAUCAUGCGGUUAUUCUUUCACGACGAAUUAUUGCCGCAAAAUGAUUUUUUGAAAUUUACUUCAAAAUAUAUCUGCAAUCGAAAUUUCACCACGCAACAGUUAUGUACCAACAUAAUAUUUUUGAUCUGCGGAAGUGAUCCUGAACAAUUUAACUACACUCUUCUACCUGUAAUCCUGGGCGUCGAUCCAGCCGGCACCUCGACUAAAACUUUUCUACAUUUCAAUCAGAUAAACCAGGCAAGCAAGUUUCGCCAAUACGAUUACGGUCGCGAAAAAAAUCUGUUGAUGUACAAUUUGCCGGAACCCCCGGAUUAUAAUCUAGCAAAUACCACAUUACCUAUCGCAUUGUUUUAUGGUCUUGGAGACUUGAUAGUUAACAUCGUGAAAUAUGAAAAUUUUCUGAUAAUUCACAAGAUCACUUUUUUCAAGAGUGUCAAGAGACUCUAUCGCAUAUUACCCAACGUAAUCGACUUAUAUGAAGUGCCAUGGCGCAAUUUCAAUCACGUCGAUUUUAUAUGGGCCAAGGAUGCUCCAAAACUCGUGUACGAAAGAGUUAUCAAGAUUAUGAGAAAUGAGAAUAUAAAUAAUGUUACAUCUACAAAAUAAUGUUACGUCAAUAAUAG